GACCCCUCAACCCACUCUCUCACACUCCCUCCCUCCCUCUUCCUCCGUACACGCCCGAAUCAUCCGCCGCUCUCGGUGGCCGCCCCGCCGCCGCUCUAACCCGAAAACCCUAACCUCCUCCCCCGCUCCCCCCUCGCCGGACCACCGCGCGAUGGCGUCGCCCGUUCCUCCCGCCGACGCGACCGACGGCCCCGUCCUCAGCCUCGUCAGCAAGCGCCUCCGCGCCCAACGCAAGAAGCUCAACCGCAUCCUCCAGAUGGAGGAGUCCGUCGCCCAGGGCAAGCCCCUCAACAAGGAGCAGGAGGACGUCCUCCGCUCCAAGCCCUCCGUCCUCGCCUCCAUCGACGAGCUCGAGAAGCUCCGCCCCCAGCUCUCCUCCGCCGUCCAGGAGGAGCUCUCCCUCGCCGCCCAGCGCCUCCCCCGCGACGAUGACGUCCCCCCGUCCCCCGCCGCCGUCGCCGCCGAGAAGCAGCAGCAGCAGCAGCAGGAGCAGCCGGGGGGCGGCGGCGACGAUGCCGUCGUGAAGGAUGUGCUGAACCUGCUCUACUUCGGCUCCAUGUUCGCCGUCAGCUGUCAGAGCGAUUACACUUCCACGAUGCUGACGAGGACGCACGAGCGCGGAUGCUGCUUGACUUACGACUACGUGACGGACGAGGCCACCGAUCUGUUGAAAGAGCGGGACUUGGACCUGAUUGCGACUUUGAGCAGCCUCUUGAUCUCGAGGCCUGCCGACUCCAGCUUGUCGCACAAGAACGCUCUGCAGAAGUGUGUGGACCACGCCAAACAGUGGAUUGCCAAUUCCGACAAGCUGAUCGAGCCCAACUCUUCUGUUACCUAUGCGUCGUUGAGGGAGCGGUUGAAUAAGAUAAUGGCAUCCGAUUACUUCACGACGACGCCGGAGAUGAAAGCUCCAGUUGAUAUGGCUGCUGCUGCUGCUUCUGGGAAUUAUGCGCCUUUUCAGGUCCCAGUCACGGUGCCUGUCCAGGUAGAAAGUCAAGAGCCUCAGUACGAGCAGAAGGAGGAAGCUGGGACUGAAUUCCAAGGACAUGAAGUUGAUAAUGAAUCUAAUCCAGUCGAUGAUGUUCAUAAGGAUGAAGUAGCAGCUGAUAAUCCUUCGGAGUUUGCCUCAGCUCAACUAGAAAAUGUAAAUCCACAGGUGGAAGAGUUUAAUCAAAGGGAAAGAGAGCAGAAGGAUCAUCAGUACAUUCCCCGGAGGAACUACCAGAACCAGAGAGGGGGUCGUGGUGGAGGUAAUGGUGGUCGCCGGGGUUAUCCCAACGGUCGAGGAGGGAGAAGUGGAGGGAGGGGUGGUGGGCCCUACCAGAAUGGCCGCGGCCACUAUUAUGAGCAGCCCGGUAACUAUUACCCUAGAAACUACUACAACAAUAGAGGGAGAGGCGGCAGGGGUGGUGCGCAUACCUUCAACAACCAUGGUCCGGCGGUUCAUGAUGGCCAUGCCCCUUCUGAUGUCGGGGUGGCUUCAUGAGCAUACAUUUAGCAGCGAAGAGGGUGCUGGAUUACUAGUUUUGCCUAUGGUUAAGUGAAGUUACCUCAUUGCUUUCGAGCUUGUGAUUUACACUUAAAGCUGAAACUUAGAUUAAUGUCACCUUACCGGGCUCUAUUCUCA